AUGUUCCUCUCAACAAACCCCAAGCAACUAAUUCCGAACGUAGAUUUGACCCCGCGGAUUGACAAGCAAGGCGGCGGGUCGCUCGAGCUCCGGUUGCCGCCCGCCGAGGCGGCAUGUCAAGAUGACAAACCAGGACGUCUUGUUCACCGCCAGCUGAUCAUGUGUGGCAUCUUUUUCUCUCUGUCGACCAAUGCCGCAGAGCCCAAUCCGGAAACAAAAGCCCUCCUGAUCCAACGGGGUCCAGACAGCUGUCAGACACACACAGUGUCGCGGCAGAUUCGAACGCAUGAUGGUGUGUCUGCGCCGGUAACUCUGUACCUCACAUUUCUCUCAACAGUGCUGUCGCUGCGUGGAGACCAUGUCUUCAAACAACCUCUCGUAGAUUCGGCCUCUCAAUCGGUGCUCUGCUGGAAUGGUGAGGCUUGGAAAAUUGACCAGGAACGGGUCUCUGGCAAUGACACAGAGCUAGUCUUUGAUCGACUGCUUCGGGCCGGGAGUGGAACAGCCCAGCAGGCCUCUGAGAAUCUGGCCGAAGUCAUUUCUAGUAUAUCGGGUCCCUUUGCAUUCGUUUUCUAUGAUGCCAGACAUGGUCGUGUCUUCUUCUCUAGAGAUUGUCUUGGCAGAAGAUCUCUUUUGCAAGGCGUGGAUAAUGAUGGCAGUCUCAAAAUCUGCAGUUUGUGUGAUGGUUCUUCCUCGACCCGUUUCCAGGAAGUGGGCUUUGACGGUGUAUACAUGAUUGAUCUUGACGAUUACCAAGUAUCUGUCCCCGGAUCGACCGAGCCUUGCAGGAUUCACACCUUGCCUUGGACGAAUACUUCGCCUACAUCGACAGGCCACCUCAGAAAUCCUAUUCCACCCAUGAACGCCACAGUUCCUGAAGAGCAGCCCCCUGCCCUUGAAAUAGAGACGCCUUUUGUCCAAGAUCUUCAGCUCAGGCUACUUGACUCUCUAGCUCUCCGCAUCGAGGACAUUCCAGAGCCACCGAAUUACAUCCAUGGCCAAAGUGCCAAGGUCGCAGUUCUUUUCUCUGGUGGGCUGGACUGCACACUUCUUGCCCGCCUUGCCCACGAUGUUAUUCCCCUUGACGAACCAAUUGAUCUUCUCAAUGUCGCCUUUGAGAAUCCUCGAGUCGCUGCGGCUGCUGUCGCUGCGGCCGUAAAAACAAAGCACGGUGCAGCUGCUGUCGCUUCAACAGAACCAGUUUCCGCUUACGAAGCAUGCCCAGAUCGGAUGACGGGCCGUUCAGCACAUGCCGAGCUUCAAAUGACAUGCCCAGGCCGGACCUGGCGCUUCAUUGCCAUUGACGUUCCCUACACCGAAACAAUUGCCCAUCGAGCCUCUGUGAAGCGGCUCAUGAGGCCCCACAAUACCGAGAUGGACCUGUCUAUUGCUUGCGCUCUAUACUUUGCGUCCCGAGGUCAAGGCACCAUUACCCAUCCCACAUCCGUCCCCAUAUCGUAUUCGACCACGGCCCGCGUUUUACUUUCCGGUCUAGGUGCGGAUGAGCUUUUCGCAGGCUACGGCCGUCACGGCGUGGCAUUCACCCGGGGAGGAUUCCCGGAUUUGAUCUCUGAGAUUCAAUUAGAUGUUGGCCGACUAGGACAGCGGAACCUCGGCCGUGAUGAUCGCGUGCUCUCACACUGGGGUCGCGAAACGCGAUUCCCCUUCUUGGACGAGGAUUUUGUGGCGUGGGUCCUGCAGGCCCCGGUCUGGCAAAAGUGCGGAUUUGGACUCUCAGCGCCGCGCAGCGAAACUAAUGCGGAACGCCUACGGGGGAUAGACAAUGAGAAGAUGGCGCUCCGACUUGUGGCGCUCCGUUUAGGUCUGUCCACCGUGGCCCGGGAGAAAAAGAGGGCUAUUCAGUUCGGUGCACGCACGGCAAAAAUGGAGAAAGGAAGGACCAAGGGAACAGACGCUCUGGAUUGA